AAAGAUCUGCCAACAUUGCAAAUGCCCUCGGGAGGAGCAUGCUGUGCACGCAGUGCCUGUGGACCUGGAACGCAUCAUGUGUCGGCUAAUUUCAGACUUCCAGCGCCACUCCAUCUCUGAUGACGACUCAGGCUGUGCCUCGGAGGAGUAUGCCUGGGUGCCCCCUGGUCUCAAGCCUGAGCAGGUGGCCAGAGGCUUCCACCUACGCUUGCUCUCCAAUGGGUGCACACACACACACACAUAUGGGGACCCAUUUCUGGGGCAAGGCUUAGGGUGUAUGGUCUGUGUGUGUCCUUCUGACCGCUCUGUGAUCUAGGGGUGGUGAGCCCCCCAAAACUCACAGGGAACCCUGAGUGAUCACUGGGUAGAUUCCUCAGGACCUGUUCACCCCACUCCUAUUCUACCCAUUACCUCAGGACUUAUUCCAGCACUUCAUUCACCACAUCUCCAUUGACUGAUUAAUUCAACAAAUAGUUACUGAGCAUCUACUGUGUGUCAGACACUGUUCUAGACACUAGGGACACAGCAAUGAACAAAAUGCACAAAAAAAUAUGCACAAAACCACAUGGAGGUUAGAUUCCCUAAGGGAGCAAAAGCCAAUAAGUUAACCUUUAAAAAUAUGUCAGAUGGUGUAAGAGCUAUAGAAUAAAAAAUGCAGGGAAGGGGAGUGGAGAGGGAUGUUACAUUGUAAAUAGGAUGCCCAGGUCGGCCUCUGUGAUAAUAUGAUGUUUGAGCUUCCCCAAGGAGGUAAAGAAGGCAGCCCUGCAGAUAUCCAAGGUUAGAGCCAUCCAGGCAAAGGGAAUAGCUAAUGCAAAGGCCCUGAGGUAGGAAGGUGCUUGGCAUAUGUGAGGAACAGUGAGACCUGUGUGGCUGGACCAGAGUGAGCAACAGGGAGAGUGGCUGGAGGUGAGCUCAGAGAGGUGGUGUAGCCAUGGAGAGGACUUUGACUUCUACUGUGAAUGAGUAAGAAGCCACAAAGGCUCGUGAGUAGAGAAGGGAUGUGAUUUGUCUUAGGAUUUAAUAGGAUCUCUCUGGCUGCUGAGUGUAAAACACUGUAGGCAUAAGGGCCAAAGCAGGAACCAGUGAGCAGGGAGGUGACUGCAAUAGUCCUGGUGACUGAUGAUGGUACUGGCAGUGGAGGGGAGCAGUGGUCAGAUUCUGGAUGUAUUUUGAAAAUAGAGUUGUGAGAAUUUGCUUGUGGGUGUGAGAGAGAGGAUUUGAAGAUGACCCCAAGGAUGGAUGGAUACGCUGAUAUGAGGCAGGCUGAGUCAGGAGCAAGGUGAGGAGCAAUAGCCAUCUGGAGUCUGAGAUGACUGUUAGACAUCUGAGUGGCCAUGUUGCCUGGAACUCAAGGGAGAGGUCACAGGGCUAGAGGUAUGCACUUGUGAGACAUUAGCCAUGAGAUGAUAUUUAUAGCCAUGGGCUUGGAUGUGAUUUUCCAAAAGAGUGAAUGUAGACAGGCCAGAGGACCAAGGACUGAACCUGAGGACCUCCCACAUUUAGGGGUUGGCUAAUUGAGGAGGAACCAAAAGAGGGACAGAGAAGGGGCAGCCAAUAAAGGUAGGAAGAAGUCCAGGACCAUGUGAUGUUCUGAAAGCCAAGUGACCAAAGUGUUUCCAGGAAAAGGGAGUGAUCAGCUGUGUACAGUGCUACUGAUGGGUCAAGUUAGAUGAGGAUCGAGACCCAAACAAUGAUUUUAACAAUGUGGAUAUUAUCAAUGACCAAAACAGGAACCACUUUGGAGGAGGGACAGAUGCAUCGGGGAAGACUGACUGGAGUGGGGUCUCUAGAGAAAGAGAGGAGAGAAAGCAGAGACAAGUGCACAUAAUUCUUUUGAGGAAUUUUGCCAUCAAGGGAAGGAUAAAAGUGGAAUCAAGACAUGAGGGAACUCUCAACGUGUUUGGAAAGUGACAGGAAUGAUCCCACCUGUGGAAAAGAGAGAUGGAGGUAUACCAAUUUUUCAGCUGCCUCCCAGAGGACAAGGUUCCCUAUGUCAACAGUCCUGGGGAGAAAUACAGGAUCAAACAGUUGCUGCACCAGCUGCCCCCACAUGACAGUGAGGCACAAUACUGCACGGCACUGGAAGAGGAAGAGAAGAAAGAGCUCCGAGCCUUCAGUCAGCAGAGGAAGCGGGAGAAUCUGGGGCGUGGCACUGUGCGCAUCUUCCCGGUGACCAUCACUGGGGCCAUCUGUGAGGAGUGUGGAAAGCAGAUUGGAGGUGGGGACAUCGCAGUGUUUGCCAGCCGCGCAGGCCUAGGCACCUGCUGGCAUCCACAGUGCUUUGUGUGCUCCACGUGCCGGGAGCUGCUGGUGGACCUCAUCUACUUCUACCAUGCUGGGAAGGUCUACUGUGGUCGCCACCAUGCUGAACGCCUGCGCCCACGCUGCCAAGCUUGUGACGAGAUCAUCUUCUCCCCUGAGUGCACAGAGGCUGAGGGCCGGCAUUGGCACAUGGAUCACUUCUGCUGCUUCGAGUGUGAGGCAUCACUAGGAGGUCAGCGCUAUGUCAUGCAUCAGAGCCGCCCCCACUGCCUCGCCUGCUACGAGGCCCGCCACGCGGAGUACUGUGAUGGCUGUGGGGAGCAUAUCGGCCUGGACCAGGGCCAAAUGGCUUAUGAGGGCCAGCACUGGCACGCCUCAGACCGCUGCUUCUGCUGUAGUUGCUGCGGGAGAGCCCUGCUGGGCCGCCCCUUCCUGCCACGCCAUGGCCGAAUCUUCUGCUCGCGAGCCUGCAGCCUGGGGUCGGAGCCCACGGCUCCGGGACCCGGCCGCCAUAGCUGGAGCGCAGUCACGGUCUCCGCCCCUUUCACAGCUUCCACAGCCGCUUUCUCCGCUGUGGAGGGGGCAUCCGACACAGCCACAAAGGGCACCAGCACCGAGCCAGCGCCUGCUGCAAGCCCCGAGGAGCCCGCCCAUUUUCUGAGAGGGGCCCCGCACCGCCACUCCAUGCCCGAGUUGGGGCUCCGUAGCGCCCCCGAGACACUCCCCGGGCCCCCCGGCCUGCCAGACCCGCGCCCGGAAGAUGGUACUUUUGGUCGCCAGAGUGCCCCGCGCGUCAGCUUCCGCGACCCGCUGGUGUCUGAGGGUGGGCCGCGGCGGACCAUGAGUGCGCCCCCAGCCCAGCGCCGCAGGCCGCGAAGUCCCCCACCCAGGGCCCCCACCCGUCGCCGCCGCCACUCUGCCAGACGUCGCCAUCAGUGUGAUUUGGGAUCGGGGUCGGACUCGGGAUCUUGUUCCAGCUCGCCCUCUAGCCCAAGUUCCGAGUCCUCAGAGGAGGACGGCUUCUUCCUAGGGGAACGCAUCCCGCUGCCCCCGCACCUGUGCAGGCCCGUGCCUGCUCGUGACACUCCAACUGAGACCCCCAACUCUCCAUCUCUGCAGCUCCCCAUGAACUCGCGCCCAGGGAUGCCUCGCCAAGCCAGAGAUAAGAACUGUAUCGUGGCUUGAGGGUGAGGCAGUACUGGGUGGGGGCUGUAUUCUCAAGUCAGUGCACAUGAUGACCCACCCACCCCAACCUAAGUCAUAAAUCCCCUUCCUUCCUCCCUCCUUCAUGUGUUUGCAUUAUUGAAGUAAUUUAACAUUUGUUGUAAAACAGGCCUGACUUCUUUACCUCCUUGCUCCAACUGCCUCCUCCCAAAUUUUCCCCUCCCAACGCUUGAGAUUCAUCCACAUUUGAUCAAAGGAUUAAUUUAUUCA